UUUUAAUACUGUGCAUCUGUAAUACUUCAUAUUUCAGUAUGAUUUCUCUCUCGAAGAGCACGCCAUAUCGUUAUAUUACAAGUGCGCAAUCGAAAGGCCAUUGUUGCUGCGCCGAGUUGCCGUACCAAAUGUGAAUGGCCAUCCAGUGGGCAUGCAACUGGCCCCUAUGCAACCCAUGUUGACGUUCGAACCGGACAAAAGCCGACAUGCGGUUAGUUUGCACAAGGGCGUCAGUACUUCACAUAUUUUGCAGCCAACUCCUGCCCAAUGCUCCCAGAAGCCUUGUGGAGUAGCUAGUGACAAAAUCAGCUACGAGGAAUUCGAGUGCUCAGAAAAUAACCCGUUUGACUUUGCUGAACUAAAGUCACUGAACGAUCUGGAAGAAUUGAAGGUUGUUCUUCAGCCGGGCGGCGAGCAGUCUAACAUGCGGCACUGCCAUAGCAUCGAUUCAGAACUAAGUAGAAUGCAUGCCGCUGUCGAUUCUACUGCCAAUAGUGACGUUCAUCCGGCGUCUGGCGUAUCGCGGAACGGCGAAAGUGACCAUGAUCAGUCCUCUUGUUCUGUACUUGAUAUUGCACAAUUCCCGAAGCAAGUAGCCAUCAGAAAUACGUACAUUCCCUCAUUAACUCUGAUUAAUUCUACUACACCUGUUUACCGUCCCGUUCUUCGAUUUUAG